AUAUUUGAGCCUGCAACAACGAUACGGUUUUCGUGUUUUAAUUUAUUACAUUGCACUUUAAUUCGUUUGCUUUUGCCUUUAGACUGUAGUAUUUUUAUGGAAAUCUAAUAAAAAAAGAUAAUUCUUGGAUAAAAUUAGGAGAACGUAGUAUAUUUGAACUUAUAUGACAUUUUGUUGCCGUCCUCAACACUCGUGCAAAUGGAUGAUACAGUGAUUUCACCAGGUAAUAAGAUGGGAGAUUCUGCUUCUGAAAGCGACUCCAGCUCGCUGGAUGGCGGAGCUAUGUUGCCUCCUAGCACAGUUUCUCGUGAUCAGCUUCAGAAAAGAAUCGAAUCUCUGCAGCAACAAAAUAGGGUUUUGAAAGUGGAGCUAGAUACAUAUAAACUCCGAGUAAAGGCUCUUCAAGAAGAGAAUCGUGCCUUGAGACAAGCAUCAGUUUCUAUUCAAGCUAAGGCAGAGCAAGAAGAAGAAUAUAUAUCCAACACAUUAUUGAAAAAAAUUCAAGCACUGAAAAAAGAAAAAGAAACCCUCGCACAUCAUUAUGAACGUGAAGAAGAAUGUCUUACUAAUGAUCUCUCCAGAAAACUGAACCAGUUACGCCAAGAGAAGUGUCGGCUGGAGCAAACUCUAGAGCAAGAACAGGAAUGUCUGGUGAAUAAAUUGAUGAGAAAAAUAGAAAAACUAGAAGCUGAAACACUUGCCAAGCAAAUGAAUUUAGAAAGACUUCGCAGAGAAAAGGUGGAACUAGAGAACACAUUGGAACAAGAGCAAGAGGCUCUAGUAAACAGACUGUGGAAGCGUAUGGACAAAUUGGAGGCAGAAAAGAGAUCACUGCAAAUUAGGCUCGACCAACCAGUGUCCGAUCCAGCCAGUCCUAGGGACAUUAGUAAUGGUGAUACAGCAUCCAAUUUAAGCAAUCACAUUCAGACCCUGCGUUCUGAGGUCGUAAAGUUAAGAAAUCAGCUAGCAGUCUCUCAGAACGAGAACAAGGAGAAGAUGCAUCGUUUUGCACUUGAAGAGAAGCACAUUAGGGAAGAGAAUGUUCGUCUGCAGCGGAAACUGCAACAAGAGGUGGAACGUCGCGAAGCUCUCUGCCGACAUCUGUCCGAGAGCGAGUCCUCGCUCGAAAUGGAGGAAGAAAGGCAAUUCAAUGAGGCUUUGAGCGCGCGGUCGCGGAGCGUGUCGUCGCCGGGCGGCUCGCGGCCUCUCUCGCCGUACGCGUCGCCGCUGUUGCCUAACGCCGCCGGGAUACCGCUGUCAAGGCCCUCACUUCAUCUCAAUUCUCAGACGCGGCGCACAAGCGACAGGUUCGUGAAGCCGGCCAUCCCGGGCGGCGCGGGGCUGCGCGUGGGCCCGCUGGAGCCGCCGCUGGCCCCGCUGGCGCCGCCCGCCGCGCCGCAGCCGCACCCCGCGCCCUCGCCCGCGCUCAUGCAGCCCGCCAGCCCCAUGGACACCUCCUCCAAGGACUAAGUCCUGCGUCCGUCCCUCGACCGCACCGCCAUGUAAGAGCAGCUUACGAUUAGAGCACCCAAUAGUAGUGAGCCCGCAUUUCGAUAUAAUAUUUGGAAAUUCAAAAGGGCGAAACAUAUUUAUUGUGUACGGCUCCGCAAUAUGUAUAGUGUGCUGUAGCCGCGACCGCAUCGAUUCAGUGUGGGACACCGUCAAUUUGCUCUUACGUCGGUGCAUUCGAAGCUGUAAGAUUAAAUAAUAACUGUCUGCGUACGGUUAUGCUAUUGUGACGGCAGGCUGUCCACGAUUCGAUCUGUUAUUGAUGUGCAAACGAUUUGAAUCGGCUGCUUCGGGCAAUGUUAUUGUUUAAUCUUAUACUUGGUACUGUGCACUGUGCUCACUGCCCUGUCGACUCGGCACGCUCCUAGAAUUACAUCAUUAUUUCUGCUCGGUCGUGAUUCAUUUACUGAUAUGAUUAGUAAUGAACGAGAUUAUGGAAUACAGUAGUAUUCAUAUAGAUAUGUUUAUCGAAAAUGUAAGAGAGGAAAGGCAGAGAUUGCGAAGACGUUGUAUCUUUCGAUUAGGAUAGUAAUAGCUAGUUCUGAUUAAAAAUCAAUUUUGGAAAUAUAUCCGGGCUUAAAUUAUGCGGCAGUGGGUUUUAUUUUAUCAUAAGGCUGUGUAUAAAAUUCACUUGUGAGUAAAGUUAAUAAAGGAGAAGGAGAUAAAGAUUGUAAGCUAUUUGAUAUAUCACUCUCGGGGUUUUAGCAAUACUACUCCUACGCAAUGUGUUUGUGGAGGAAUGUAAUAUAUGUUAGGAAUGUUGUGUUGUGCCCUCAGGGCAAAUUGUUGUGUUCGAUAUGUGCUCGUAGGAGUAGUCAGUUAUUGUCCUCGGACUUAAUUCAAUUAUGCAAAUUGUCACAUUUUUUUUCAUGUUAUAAUAAAACAAAAUAUAUGCAUUACUAUUA